AUGGCGAACAAUACGAUUGUUCCUGGAACCGUGCUUAAUCUGCAGGUACGGCACAUCACGGAUACGAAAGUUAUGGAAAGGGAGGAGAACGGGGAAAUCGGAACGGAAAGGGAGAAUAACCGAUCGACUUUCCCUAUUAUCAGAGGAGCUCACAGCUACUACACCCAGACAAAUACACUUAUGAUCAUGGCUAACGAACUUUCCAGGUAA